ACCCUAUAAAUGACAGAGCAACACAGAGAUCUGUCUCGCCCCUCAUUUUCUGGUGGACACUUCUGACUGUAAUAUCCUCUCCAAAAGGACACCAUGUCUAACUUCUACCUGUGCUUGUUACUUGCUGGUCUCUGCGUUCUUGCCAGCUGUCAUCAUGUCCCCGGACACCAGGGUGGACAUGAUGGGCAUGAGCACCCACCAGAUAACCAGCCCACAGCUGAAAGUCACCAGGAGAGCGACCAUUUGCCCUGUCUCAAGAUAGCCCCAAGCAGUGCUGAGUUUGCUUUUAAAUUCUAUCGCCAGAUAGCUUCCAAGACUCCUGAUAAAAACAUUUUCUUUUCUCCAAUGAGCAUUUCUACUGCCUUUAUGCUUGUGACCCUGGGAGCUAAAGGGACCACGCGAGAUCAGAUUGUUUCAGGGAUUGGCUUUAACAAGUCCGUGCUCAGCAUGGAGGAGAUGGGUAAUGGCUUCCGCCACCUCCUACAAUUGCUGAACCACCCCAGUGCUCAUCAUGGUGGGCUGAGUGUUGGGAAUGCCCUUUUCUCAACUGACAGAUACCCAGUGCAACAGAAGUUCAUGGAUGAAGCUCAUGAUUUGCUCCAAGCAGAUAUUGUCCCUACUAAUUUCCAGAACACUGAAGAAGCUAUGAAACACAUCAACAGCUACAUAGAGAAGAAAACCCAUGGGAAAUUAGUGGACGUGCUGAACGAUCUUGACCCAGAAACUGCAAUAGUUCUUGUAAACUAUAUCUUCAUGCAAGGUUAUUGGCAAAGACCUUUUAAUCCCAUGUUUACUGAGAAGGAGGACUUCUUCGUCAAUAAUGAAACGACAGUCCAAGUGGAUAUGAUGCACAGGACCGGCUAUUAUUCUAACUAUCAUGAUGAAGAGCUGGGCUGCAAAGUGUUGCGGAUACCUUACCAAGGCAGUGCUUCAGCACUCUUCAUUCUGCCAAAGGAAGGAAAAUUGAAGCAGGUGGAACAGGCCCUGGGGCGAGAACAUCUGUUAAAAUGGGAGGCUGGUGCAAGAGAAUGGUUAAUAGAGCUGUCACUUCCGAAGGUUUCACUGAAGACAAGCAUUGAUGUCAAAGAGAUAUUUCAAGAAAUGGGUGUCACUGAGGUAUUCACGGACCAAGCAGAUCUAUCUGGAUUCACUGAGCAGCGCAAUUUGAAAAUUUCAAGGGCUGUCCACAAAGGUUAUUUGAAUAUCCACGAGAAUGGCACUGAAGCUGCUGCCACCACUGUCAUUGAAGGGGUUCCAAUGUCUCUCCCCCGUGUAUUUAAAUUCAACAGGCCCUUCCUAUUCAUGAUUGUAGAGCACUUUACCCGUGCCAUCUUAUUCUGUGGGAAACUGAUGAAUCCUAAUGAACACUAAUCACACAGCUGGUAUGCUCAGGAAGCUCACUUAAUGCCCAAGUCCUGGCCUAAUGUAUACAAAGCAUUUGUUUCAGAGCAAAGUAAGAAACUGAUGUGAUAACCUGGAGUCUGUGAAAAAAUAAACAAUCCGGUUGUUCUUUCUCCUGUA